AUGAUACCGAAUCAUAUAUUGAUACUAGGUUCUCCUAAUAGUGGGAAAUUGAGAAUUGCUAAUUUGAUUUCAAAAAACGAAGAAAUACCAAAUUUAGAGGAUGUCGAAUCACAUAGUGGAUUAAUAGUAAAAACGUCACUACGAACAAAAUAUUACUUUCUCAAAUUAAACAUAUUAAUAGACGAGUAUUCAGAGUCAAAAGAGGCCACUGAUGAAAAGAAACUUUCAGAGCUACAUAAAUGGUACCAAGAGUUUAAAUCUGAAGAGUUUGGGGAGUUGAGGGAGGUAUUGGAUGGUUUGAUGUUUACCAUAAACAUGAAAACAGAUUCAAUAUCCUUUAUUGGUGAUGCUUUAGAAAUAAUAGAACAAAUCAAAAUAUCUUUGGGCGAUGAAGAAAACCUCCACGACUGGGGAGGAUUCAUUGCAGUUGUGGGGUCAUGUCCAGAGAAUCAAAUAGUUGAAGACGACCUUAUUUUAGAAAUCGAGGACAUGGUGUUGUCACAAGGUCUCGAAUUUAUAAACUUGUCGACUGAGGGAGAGAACGAGUACAAGGAAAAACAAGGCAAAGAUAGAAUAGUCGAAUUGAUUGAGAGUCACGAUUGGACGAAUUUGGAGAUGCUUAAAGUUGACUCCAAGCAAUAUGAGACCAAUAAACUCGCCAAAAUGGAAUCAAUGAAACAGAAAUUGAUAAAUGAAAAAGAGGAGUUGGAUCUCGAUGAUAUUUUUAGCAAGUUGAAUCUUGCUCGAGACCAUGCACAGUCAUUAACUCAAGAUGAAAGGGACAAAUAUGCUAACAAAGUUAUUGAAGAAAUUAUAGACUUUUUGUAA